AUGCGCGGAACUAUCGACAAUUUGACUUGUAUCAUGCUCGAAGGUGAGUAUAAGAUCAACUGUGGAAAUCCGCGAAGGGCUUGGGCGGAUUAUCGUAGGGCGAUCACAGUCGCUCACUUGACGGGCUUUCACCGCUCUCCCAUGCCGCAACUCAAACGCAUCAACCCGGGACUUGAUGAGAACCCUGCAUUCGUGUGGUUUCGCAUUAACUAUAUGAACCGGUAUCUCAGACUUUCACUCGGUCUGCCGCCGCUUCUUCCCGCCGAGCGAAAACGCCCCCCUUCCCACGCGCACGACUCUGGCGAUCUCGAGAGGGCGGACUGGGACGAUCUCCUACACACACCAGCCCCAGGAGACUAG